CUGUUUCCGAGUGGGAAGUGUUCAGUAGAUUAUUUCUGCCGGACUAAUUGGAUUUUUGUUUUUGAUAAACUACUUAACGGAAUUCGACGGUUGUCUGAUUGGAUGCAGAUUUUUAAUUGGAUUUUUAACGGAAAUUAGAUGCGUAUUGUGUUGUGCUCUGCCAUGCCGACGAACAGGAAACUGCCAAUAGCCAUCAUUUCGAUAGCACUUGCAAUCGCCUGCACGUAUGCCACCGAAGAGCAGCCCAAGAAACAUCGCACGGCGCGGCUUGUGCGCGAGUUUCCACGAAACAUCAUUCAACGGUUCCAGACGAUCGAAUACCCAUCGUACAACAUACCAAACCCAUAUGGUUGCGUUUCGUGUUCUGCAUUUAGUUUAGUUGAAUUGAAAUUGCUAUUUUACAUUCUAGGACCCGGUACGUAUGCAUUUGGAUAUGAAAUUGAAGAUCCCGUGUCAGGCAAUGUCCAGUUUCGCGAUGAAGAAAAGCUACAGAAUGGUACUGUGCGAGGUUCGUACGGCUAUCUGCAACCGGAUGGGACCGUGGUGAUCACGCGAUUCAUAGCUGAUUUAUAUGGCUACCGUGCUAACACCGAGAUCAAACAAGCAGAUGGACAACACUUGUCAACUAUCCCAACUCGACUGCCAUCGAUAGAAUCGCAAGGGAAUUCUAUCGAGUCGAACAUCGCAGCAGCAGCAGCUAACCCGUACCCGAUGCUUACCUCUCCACCGACGUACAAUCCCGCGUUGAAUCCGAAUUUCGUGGAUCCUCAGUACACAGCCGCAAUACUCAACCACAUAAAAAACCAACAGUUUUAUCCGUCCCAAGGAUUGGCACAGUAUCCAUAUGGUGUACCCUCUCAAACACUCUACGAUGCUCCAUCAAACGGAAACAUCUUCACAAAUUUCUUAGGACAAAUUCCGUCAAACUUUUAUCCAUCAAAUCUAUACAACAGCUUGCAAACAACUUUCCCGGCUAUUUUACCCCAAGAAAACCCCUUCAAUACACUAACAUCGAGUUUUCAGAAUGGUUACCAACAGUUCGCCCAAAACAAUCCAUUCGGAAACUUCAUCAAUACAGCCCAAUCGCAGUUCCAGCAGUACAUCCCGCAAACCAAUCCGCUCGCUGGCUGGUUAAAUCCGAACCAGGUCCAGAAGCCGUUGUAUCUUCAACAACAGCAGCAGCAGUACGCUGGUAACCGUCCCGGAGCUAACGUAUAUGGUGACACCGGACUACCACCUGGUGUCUACGGUGACAUGCCUUUAUCCCAGAUGGGAAUGAUGGGUAUGCUGGGCAAUAAGAUACCCACGACAAAGCGACGGGGUAUUACGACGACUAGGAGGAAGAACGGCUACAAGACGCGGGAUGGAACUGAAGAUUGGUUGGAUGAUUUUCUGGAAAGCCGCAAGCGGGAGGUGAUCUAUGGGACUACAACGACCACUACGCCAUCGGUGGUAACCACAACGACUGGACGGAGUUGAGAGUGAUGAUUUAUGGGUACUUAUUUAUUUGAAUAUUUAUUUCUAUUUAUUAAAAUCUGAUCAGAGGUCUCCUUCCAAUUGAGUGUUGGCAAUUCAAUAUUUAUGCAUGAGAUACCGAAGCAAGACAG